AUCCAUGUCAUACAUUGUUAUUUCAGGUAUGAGACAUAUGCGUUCUACAAUGGUCCACCUAUGCUGCGCCUCGGGCAGGCACCGGCACCGGCACCAUCUCCGGAUUCGACUCCGUCCAAGAACAAGAGUAAGGCGUAUGAACAAGCUGUGGACAAUUCCUAUAGUUGUACUUUCUCUAGCGGCAGCAGGAUUUCUCAGCUUCAUCUGCUUCUCUCGUUGGCUCACAAGUCGAAUAAUAGGUAAACUGACCAGAUUUAGAGGAUCAAGGCCUGCUCAGGUUAGUGAGGGGGGAGAAGAACUAGCUUUGCAAGGGAACAAUAUUACAGAGUUCUUGGUGUUUGACUUUCAACAGCUACUAGAGGCCACAAAUUAUUUUUCAGAUGAAAACAAACUUGGAGAAGGUGGCUUUGGCGCUGUCUACAAGGGCCAGCUUCCUGAAGGAUUGGAUAUCGCGGUUAAAAGACUUGCCUCACAUUCAGGACAAGGUUUCAUAGAGUUCAAAAAUGAGGUCCAGCUUAUGGCCAAACUACAACACAUGAAUUUGGUUAGGCUAUUGGGAUGCUGCUCCCAAGAGGAGGAGAAGAUAUUGGUCUAUGAAUACUUGCCAAACAAAAGCCUAGAUUUCUUCAUAUUUGAUCAAAAUGAAAGAGCUUUGCUGCACUGGAACAAACUUGAAGCAAUAAUUGAAGGAAUAUCACAUGGACUUCUUUACCUACAUAAGUACUCCCGGUUACGUGUCAUACAUCGUGAUCUUAAGCCAAGCAAUAUUCUCUUGGACAGUGAAAUGAAUCCAAAAAUUUCAGAUUUUGGACUAGCAAAAAUUUGCAGCUCAAAUAGUACCGAAGGAAACACAAGAAGAGUUGUUGGUACAUAUGGCUAUAUGGCUCCCGAGUAUGCUUCCGAGGGUGUAUUCUCCGUUAAAACCGACGUCUUCAGCUUUGGUGUUGUUAUUCUUGAGAUGCUUAGUGGAAAACAGAACUCCGGUAGCCAACAAUCUGGAAAUUUCAUCAAUCUUCUACGAUAUGCAUUUGAACUAUGGGAAGAGGGAAGGUGGAUUGAUAUUAUUGAUGUAUCGAUUGGUCCAGCUGGUCACUCAGCAGAGAUAAUAAGGUGCAUAAACACAGCAUUGUUGUGUGUACAAGAGAAUGCAGCAGAUCGACCAUCAAUGGCAGAGAUUGUUGCAAUGCUAAGCGGUGAGAGUAUGAUGCUGGCCCAACCAAAGCAGCCAGCAUAUUUCAAUGUAAGGGUGGUAAAUGAAGAGGCGUCCACUGCUCUUGAAGCAAGCAGUAUUAAUGGUUUGACUAUAUCUGACAUAGUUUCGAGAUAGUGAUGUGCUGUCUGUUUCUUACUGCUCAUAGCAUCAGAUAAUUUGUAAGCUGAAGUUGUAUUCCAACUGUGUGAUUAUGCACUGGUGUUUUUAAGAAGCUUCCUCAGAUAUAUACUAUUGAA